GAAAGAUGGAAGACGAUAGCGGGCACCUGAACAGCCUGGCCCGUGCUUGUCUUGUCAGCUUGCAGGCUGAAGCUCCAGUGCGCGUUCCCCGUCGCCGUCAGUUCAAGCUCCAACUGCCCUGUCCCGCCAUAGGUAGGUAACGACGAGAACCGUGCAAGCCAACGCAACUUGCCAAAGCUUACCAAAACAACAGCAUAUCAUCCAUUCACUCACAUAACAAUCAGCCAAAAUGGAGGUUUUACUAGGCAUCACGGGCAAGGACUUUACCAUCAUUGCGGCGUCCAAGGCCGCUAUGCGGGGAGCGACCAUCCUGAAGGCAUCCGACGACAAGACAAGGUCGCUGAACAAGCACACACUGAUGGCAUUCUCCGGUGAAGCUGGCGACACAGUGCAGUUCGCCGAGUACACCCAAGCCAACGCCCAGCUCUACUCCAUGCGCAACGGGACCGACCUUUCCCCUUCUGCCCUUGCCAACUUUGUCCGCGGCGAGCUUGCGACGAGCUUGCGCUCCCGCAAACCCUACAACGUAAACCUCCUUCUCGGAGGUGUCGACCCUAUCACCCACAAGCCCAGCCUCUACUGGCUCGACUACCUUGCGUCGUUGGCGAAGGUCCCCUAUGCCGCCCACGGCUACGCACAAUACUACUGCCUCUCGAUUCUCGACAAGCACCACCACCCAGACAUCACCCUCCACCAGGGUAUCAAGCUUCUCAACCUGUGCACCGACGAGCUCAAGAGGAGGUUACCCAUAGACUUCAAGGGCAUGACGGUCAAGGCGGUAACGAAGGACGGCAUCAUCGAUAUCGAGUUCGACGACGACAAGGUGGUUAAGAUGGCUUGAUUUGUGGGGAUGCUUGCUUACUUGCCUGCUUGCGGCUUGGGAAGCCUUGCGGGGGAAGGACAACUCUGUAUAAUAAUACCCAUACGACGGAAAUGCAUGAGUCCAGGUGGCCUCCACCAACGGGAGACCCCUGGCGAAUUUGAUGAUCAUAAAGAAAGAGAGAGGAAGAAACAAGGCUAUCAUGUUAGAGGUGUGAAGUCCGAGAGUCCGUCUCUGCGGCUCCCGGUUUCAGUGUGGCGUGUGGAGCGCGUCUGGGCCGAUCAUACACCCUGCCACCGACACCAUCGCGAUACGAUACGUCAGGGUUGCUUCUUUUUGAUCCUUUCUUCGAAACACUCCUCCAACCGGUCAGAUAUCGUUACGGCAGUUGAGGUUAAGGAACCUGUUUAACGUCCUCUGGCAAUCAUGGGCGAAAGUAUUAUAACAUUGAAGCGCAC